GUUUUGCACCGACUGCAAGAACAAAGUGCUGCGUGCGUACAACAUCCUGAUCGGGGAGCUGGACUGCAGCAAGGAGAAGGGUUACUGCGCCGCGCUGUACGAGGGGCUGCGCUGCUGCCCCCACGAGCGCCACAUCCACGUCUGCUGCGAGACCGACUUCAUCGCACACCUCCUGGGCAGGGCCGAGCCGGAGUUCGCAGGAGGGUAUGAACGGAGGGAACGACACGCCAAGACAAUAGACAUAGCCCAGGAGGAGGUUCUCACCUGCCUGGGCAUUCACCUCUACGAGCGCUUGCACCGGAUCUGGCAGAAGCUGCGGGCGGAGGAGCAGACGUGGCAGAUGCUGUUUUACCUCGGGGUCGAUGCUCUACGCAAAAGCUUCGAGAUGGCUGUGGAAAAAGUGCAGGGUAUUAGUCGAUUGGAACAGCUCUGUGAAGAGUUCUCAGAAGAAGAAAGAGUGCGGGAGCUGAAACAAGAGAAGAAACGCCAAAAGAGGAAGAACAGAAGGAAAAAUAAGUGUGUGUGUGAGCUCCCUGCUCCUUUGCAGGCACCAGAAGAGAAGGAAAUCAAUCAGGCAAAGGAGAACUCAAACUUCACAGAAAGCACUUGCAAAGCCUGUGGUAGCACCGAAGAAGCCAACAACUGUGUAGAAGUAAUUGUUACUAAUGAAAGCACUUCUUGCACUUGUCCUAGUAGUGGGACCCUAUUAGGUUCACCUAAAAUCAAGAAAGGUUUAUCUCCACACUGUACUGGCAGUGACUGUGGCUAUUCGUCGAGCAUGGAGGGCAGCGAAACAGGAUCUCGAGAGGGCUCAGACGUGGCCUGCACUGAAGGCAUCUGCAACCAUGAUGAAAAUGGAGACGAUCCCUGCGUCCAUCGCUGCGACGACAAGGAGGAGGAUGGAGAUAGCUGCGUGGAAUGUUGGGCUAAUGCGGAAGAGAAUAGCACAAAAGGCAAAAACAAAAAGAAGAAAAAGAAAAGCAAAGCCUUGAAGUGUGAGAAUGAACAUAUUCAGAAACUUGGAAGCUGUCUGGCAGAGCCAGGUAGCAGAGAGACCUCAGGAAAUCUCACGCACACAGAGUUUCAUCGCGACAAGACCAAAGACACACACGCUGAGAGCUGCUGCAGCUCAGAAAAAAGCAGCCAGCAGUUGCCUUGGUUUGAGCACAUCAAAAAUGUGUCACAGUUUGCAGAACCUACAGAAAUGUCACUUGUUCCUGAUACUGGAAAAGGUGCCAAAAGCUUAGUGGAACUCCUUGAUGAGUCUGAAUGCACUUCUGACGAGGAACUGUUCAUCUCCCAAGAUGAAAUCCAGUCCUUCAUGGCAAACAACAAGUCUUUCUACAGCAACCGAGAGCAGUACCGACAGCACCUGAAGGAGAAGUUCAACAAGUACUGUCGCCUCAACGACCACAAGGGGCCUGUCUGCAACAGCUGGUUGGCAACAGCUGGAGCCAACUGAAGCUGAUCCCACCACUCUGUCACUGAGACUCGAGAUGACUACUGCGCCUUCUCCUUCCAAACUUAAUUUAGUGACUAAAAGCAAAAUUUUAUCUUAAAUUAAUGUGAUUCUUUUCUCUUGGUUUUUUUUUUUUCGGUGGUGGGGAGGCUGGUGGAGGUGAUUUCCUUAAUUUUGUUCUUUCUCCAGGCUUGUAUCCUUAGUUGAGUAGCUGUUGCAAGCCUCUCUUCUAAUUUAAGCCAUCUCUUUUCAUUCAAUGUUUCUCUUCCUGUGAGACUUACAAAAAAAAGCAAACUAGUGGCAAAGUAAUGUUGUACCUAUAAUUCUGUACAGAAUGACAAGGAGCUGAAUAUAAGAUUUUACAAAGUAGACAUCCAUUUGCAAAAUGUUUUGGAUGUAAUAUGUUAAAGCGCAAUGUGCAAAAUUUAAAUAAAGAAUAUUUAUUAAUAUGCA